CACACAAGCACAUUCCCUUGGCUGCUAAGGCAGCGCCGUUGGUGAGUAAUUUGCACAUGACUGGCAUGGCGGUGGCGCUGCUCGCCGUGGCCCUCCUACUGCUGGCGACGGGCUGUGCGGGGCGCGACUUCAUCGUCGGCGGCCGCGGCGGGUGGACGGCGAACCCCGCUGAGCCGUUCAACCACUGGGCCGAGCGCAAUCGCUUCCAGGUCAACGACCGCCUCGUGUUUAGGUAUAAAGGGCAAGAGGACUCGGUGCUGGUGGUGAACCAGAGCCACUACGACGCAUGCAACACCAGCGACCCCUUCAUGCGCCUCGGCGGCGGCGAAUCCGGCUUCGUCCUCUCCUACUCCGGCCCUCACUUUUUCAUCAGCGGCGACGCCGGACGCUGCCACGCCGGCGAGCGCCUCAUCGUCGUCGUCCUCGCCGUGCGCGCUACCCCCUCACCUGCUCCUUCAAAACCGUCGCCACCACCCAAGUCAUCCCCCUCGUCGCCACCUCCCGCUCCAGCAGCUGCGGGGAAUUCUUCUACGUCGCCACCUCAGGCGCUGGCGCCGCCGGCUGCGGGGAAUUCUUCCACGUCGCCACCUCCGGCGCCAGCGCUGCCGGCCGCGGGGAAUUCUUCCACUUCGCCGCCUCCGGAACUAGCGCCGCCGCCGGUAACGAAUGGUACGGUGGCACCACCGCCGAGUUCGCCAUCGUCCGCGUCAGCCUUGCGGGGCGGUUUCUUGGCGUGCCUCGUGAUAGCCGGAGCCAUAGUGCUAGCUUGAUUUGGUCGAUCAGUCCCUCCUGCUGCAUUGGAUUGUGUUUGAUUUGUUUCCAUUGGUAUAUCUCCAAAUUUUAGUAUUCUGCCGGAUCAAAUAACAUUGUUUCCUUAUUUCAUCCUUAUAGCGAGUAAGGGUAUGUAAUCUUUCAUACUGUAGUAUGUAAUUCAGCCAUUACGCCACAUAAUUAAGAUGGGUGAUUUUGCUUG